AGUGGUAAGGGUUGGCACACUUAUUGACAUUAUUGCGCAUGUUGGCAAGUGUGGUCUCAUGAGUGAUCAGACAUCUCUGCCGUAUCCAGGUAUAUUUAACUUGAAUAUGUAUGUCCAUAUUACUGCUUAUAAUUAAUUUCACAUUCCUAGUAAUAACAGGUCAACCGACGCUCAGCACAUGGUAAGUCGACAUAUGCUUCUUAACACUCAUACUUUUAGGCUAUGUCUUACUAUGUAAGUCAAUGGGGUGGUUUUAUACUUGAAUGUAUUCGCCAUAUUCAUGUCAUAAGACUGCUCUCCCAGUCCUAUGAUUGUAGAGAGGUGGUUGUGUAGUAGUUUCUUUCUUUCAAUUUUUCUAACUAAUUUAAAUACCUCUUGUUUUUACAGCCUCAAACAGGUGCACGCUUAGGUAAGCCCACUGACUUAAUAACUUUCCUCUAGAAAGUGUAGGCGUACCUGCCCCCAACCCGUACUAUUCUAUCCGCCAUCCGGAUCAUCUCCCUCGGUUUUUUUGCGGUGGUAUGACACAAGCUCCAUUUCUUUGCAUGUCUGUCUCCGACGUUCAGCCGCACGACCACAUGGGUGUCGCUGCGCACACUGACUGUGCUCAGUACCAACAUACUUUUUACAACCCUAUUAUUCCUGCCAUUCAAACAAAUCCCAACCAGGCAAGCGGAAACCAGCCGCUUAAUGCUGCGCUACCAAAGCCAGUCCGUGAAAAGAAACCAUUAAGUGUGAUUGAUCCUAAAACAAAUUCAGAAGUCAAUCUAGAAGAAGCAUCAAGAAUCCCUUCUGAAUCACGCAAGAAAGAACCAUUAAUUGUACAACCUAAGGCGGAUGAAUCGCCUCCCAUAUCUCAAACAAAGGAAGAAAGCGAAAAACCUGUUUGCACUGAGUACAAGGAUGAGGGUAUAUCAAGCGUAGAGACAGUGUCACAAGAAGAUGCCCCGCCUAAAGAAAGUGUGGGCUCAGACGACUUGUGUAAUGAGGUCCUUGAGCAUGUUAAAUCACUAGAUGAACAUUUGUCACAAGAAGACGAAACUGAGUGGGAGGGUGCAAAAGAAGAGGAGGCAAAAGAGGAGACGAUGGACAGACAAAGAUAUCCACGUGACUUCAUUCUUUCUUGUAAAGCUUCAGGCGUUGUAUUGUCGUUAGAUAACUAUAGGGAUAUCAUGAAUAGCUUUGCAAAUAUCAAAAGGACUCGUAAUCAAUCUAAUUAUAUGCACAAAGGCAGAGUUAUUCAAAUACCCACAACUAUUACUAUCAAACGUGUUGAAGGUGCUUUCGUCCCGUCAAAACUUGUUAAUCACGGAGCCAACAGUGUAACAGAUAGCUCAAAGGAUGUCGCUCGAGAGCUAAAUAUGAUUUUAAACCGUGUUUCGGCCAGCAAUUUAGAAGUAACUAUCAGUGAUAUUGAGAAGCUUAACAUCACAACACCCGAAGAUCUCAGUCUUUUGGCAAGAACAAUUUUCCAAAAAGUUAUCAGGCAGUCAAAAUACUGUAAAGUUUUCGCGAGUUUAUGUAAAAAUUUAAAAGGGUUGGAAGUACAAGGUUCAGAACGCUUUCCAGUGUUAAUUCUACAACAAACACAAGAGCUGUUCAACAAACCAUUAGAUGUUCUGAUAAGUGAAUUAAAUGCCACCAUUGAUGCUAAAAUUGCAGCAGCCAAGGAUGAAUCAAUAAAACGGAUGCUUGAAGAUGACCGAGAAACAAACAUUCAGAAGACAACUGAUUCUUACUAUGGAAAUAUGACGUUCAUUGCUGAACUCUAUCUUGUUGGAUGUAUUCCAAUCAAAACUAUGACUGAAUGUCUGAAAAAAUUGAAAGAUUCUUCAGCUCCUGAAGCUUUAACCUCUCUCAUAAUUCUUCUGAAUAUAUGUGGCAGUAAUCUUGAAAAAAAUUCUAAGUCUGUUUUGGAUCAGUGCUUCAAGCGACUCGAACAGGUAAAAGAUUCGAAAAACAUUGAGACGCAUCAAAUUUUCAAAGUACACGAGUUAGUGGAAUUACGUUCGCGUGAUUGGAAAUCUGCUAAUAUUACCCAACCUCAACCACAAAUAGAUACUUCUAGACGAAAUAUAGAUGAUAAACUAAAGCGGAACUUCAUUCAGUUAGAUACAAAACGUAAAUCUGUCCAGUCAGUGAAUCCCUUAACGCCUUCCAGUUUAGCUGUUACUCCACAAUCCUACGAUUCCCGAAAACUUGGUCCAACUGUGGCUAAUUGGAGUCAAGGUAGUGGUUUACUACGGCCUUCUGAAGAUAACCAUUCAAAACGCAAUCAACAGUCAGUACAUUCUCGUGAAUCAUCCCCACGUGUCCCUGUGGGACCCCAGGGUGCGUGGGCUCGUCCUCUGCCGUUAGGACAAAAAGUAAAAGAAAAUGACUAUGAGUCAAUGCUUGAGGAAACGAAGGGUCCUGCUCGUUCAAUAGUGGAUACGGUUUCAAUGUCGAGUGAUGACUGUCAUUGUUCUAUUGUCAAGUGUGAGCCUGAAAAACGUUCAGCUUUACUCCACAAUGUAUUUGAGAUUCUAAUGGACUGCAACUCAAAAAAGCGAAAUGAAGUUGGUCGCUUUUGUGUGGAUAUGCUUCAUAAAGGAAUCCUUACAGAAAAUAAUAUUAUUACAUCAUGUGAAAACUUCUUCAAAUUAUGCGAUAGUGAUUGGAUUUCAGAUUAUCCACAGGGUUGGCUCUACGUUGCAGAAAUCCUUCAUCAUCUUAUACGUGGCGAAUCUGAUUAUAUGACUACUCUUCUGCGGUCAGUUGAGUCUAUCCGGUCUGAUGACCGGGCUGCUGAAUUGGUGGCAGACUGUAUUAAACUAAGCAAAGCAUCUACAAGUGUUGAGCAACUUGUAAAAAAACUUCAGGCCUGUGGCUUUAUGUGGGACAAACUUGGUGUUACAGGAAGCAAAACAUGGGACUUUGCUUAUCAGCGGUCCAUAGAGUUCACCAUAAUUGGAGUUCAUAGUUUCGAAUCUGGAAAACUCAAUGAGCUUAAUGAACUAACUACGAACCCAUCGUCUCCUGAUAAAAUUUCCAGUUAUUUUAAUACGUUAUCUCAAUAUAACUUGUCUAAAUGGUUUAUGCAAUCGAUCAUCCCAAUUUUGCUAAAAUCUCCAGAUCAAUCAAAAACGAAAAUAGAUUCGUUUGUGAUGUCCCUCGGUAUUUUGGUUGACCACAAGCCUGAUAGAGAGCUUCAUAUUUUAAGUGGUUUUCAAGAUCCGUCAUCAAAUCAAGUUCUUGUCGGGUCAUGGCUUACUUCGCUCGUUGAAAAGAAAGUGAUAUCGGCAGACGCUUUAUCACAAUGGAAAAAAAGUGAUAAUGAUGGUUCUGUAGCCAAAAUUCUCUCCGGUAUCCCUGAACUAAGGAACUUAUAGUGUUUAUUUUAUCUUUUGAUAAUUUUUUUAUAAGAGCAGAUUUUUAUCUAAAUUGCUCGCAUAAGACAAUGCCUAGUUAUUGUUGAAGUGAUUAAAAUAAUUUAAAGCAAUUAUAAGUUAUCUUAUCAGUUGAACUGAAUAUAAACAUAAUCACUGACUCAAUUCACACCGUAAUUAACAUAAUGCUGUACAAUAUUAGAUGUUAACUGAGACAUGCAACGUAAGCGUGUUGUUGUAAUAGAAACCAAAUAAAAAUUUAUGAAUAGCUUUUGUUUCCAACCUUAUCAUGAACAUGUCAAUUUUAAUCUUCUUAUACUUCCCUUGUUCUCUUUGUACACAACUUUUUAACACUAAUACUGCCGCAGUGGAAGUCAUAAUUAUAGUACAUUCUAUUAGUUUUGUUGAUUUUUUCUUGAAAUGCUCAUGUAUUUCUAUCGGUUAUUGAUAAUUUGUGAUUGCCUUGAUCAAUUUUAAUAACUUCGUCCUUAAUUACUGUGAACAAGAUAAAUCCUUGAGCACGUUUUAACUAUGCUUUCACCUGUAUUGUCUAUCUUAUUUGCUGUGCGAUUAAAUGACAGCCACUUCUACUAAUGUAUAAAAUGCCAGUAGAAGAUACACACACAUAUAUAGACCCUUUAUUUUUUGUAUUUAAAUUGUCCUGUUUCAAUUGUUUAUAUCCCUCUUCUGAUAGUUAUCAUUUUUUGCACAAUAUUAAAUCCGGGCUUCUAAAUAGCGUGAUUUACUGUGAAUAUUCUUUCCUAAUUGUAAACUUCGGCCAUAAAACUUUGUGUGCUGUAAUUUAGUGUUGGGUUUUCGGUUCUUCCAAUUAUUCUAUUGCGUGGUUGUUUUCCAUGUGUUUUGCCUACUUGUAAGGUGUUUUCUUGUGUGUAGAUUUUUCAAUAUCCUUCAAAAAUCCAAUUACCAUUAAUUAAAAACAUAUUGACUACCCUCCUAACUCAAACGCACUUUGUAUAAAAAAUGUACCUUUAAAUUAUGAAAUGUGUUUACCUUGGUUUUAUAUCUUGUUACCGAUGUCGAACGGUGUGAAUUUCUGGCUUUGCGUAAUUGAGUACAAAGAAAACAGGUAAAGGCCGU